GGAAUUAGGAGCAGUCAAAUGUCCUACACUUAAAAGUAAUCGCACCUCUUCUUUUUUCUUGGUCUGUUUCCUGUCCUUUUCCCAUACUUAAUUACUUCCCUGGCUAUUACUAGUGUUCUUGUUCUUGUGUUCUUGCACAAAGAACAGUGAAAGAAAUUUUACCAUUCUUGUCAUUUCCAUCAUCUUUUCUACCAAGAAAAAAAAGUUCAUUUUCAGUCCUUUUUUUUGGCUUAAAAAGAACCCUUUUAAGUAAUCUUUGCAUCUUGGGAAGUAACAAUGAUAGGGAAAAAUUCUGAUUCAGAACUACCUCCUGGUUUUGCUACACCUAGAAGUAUUAAUCCUCCCUGUUUCAAAAGUACUGCAAUUGCAAUUACUACUGCUGCUGCUACUAUUUCAAUACCAAUUUCUGAUCAGAGUGAGAAAUGCAAUAUGCAUGAUCAGUGCCAAGGUGAAACUACUUUUUCUGUUAACGGAGGGCGAGGUCGCCCUCGGAAACAGACACCAGUUUCAGCAGAAGCGCCAUCGAUGGCAACGAAAGAAACUCCAGCAGUUUCACUGCUUCCUGUGCCACCAUUGGGCUCUAGCAUAGAUGCGCCUCUACUGAUUACAGAUGAAGAACAAAGAGAGACAAAGAUAAAUCUGAAUCCAUUAUUAAUGCUGAAUCCACCCCCAAAUCCGUGUCUUUGGAAUGAAUAUUCUUCCAACAUUCAUGAAGAAGUAAAGACCACAUGAAUCUCUCAUGUUAAGUCUGUUUUGGUGUUCCAACUCACCUCUGGAAGCAUAAAAAAUGUUGAAGACAUGGUUAAGUGCGCCAAUAAUGCCUUCUUCAGCUUGGAUAUUCGUGACGCGGAUUAUACUUCUUUCUACAAGGAUGUCAAGGAUUUCAUUGCAUAUCACUUUGAUUUGCUCACAACAAAGAGACAGAGAGAGAUGCAAUCUUUUCCAGAGCUGAAGACAAGAUAUGAAGAUGCUAUAAGUCGUGCAAAGGGUCAUAAAGAUGAGAUCUUUCGUAUUCAAGACGAUAUGGUGAUGGUCAUGAAAAAUAAGGAAACUUUUGAAAGGCAAAUGUUGGAGGCAAUGGAACUGAUUGGUAGGCUAAAACAAUGGGUGGAUGUUCUUAAACAGAAUGAAGAGGCGCUGAAACAUAAGAAACAAAAAUGCGUCGCAGACCAUGUGAUUGCAAGCCUUAAGGUGCAAAACCUUCAUACCCAAAUGGUGGCAGCUAAAGAUGUACUUAGGGAAAUUGAUCAGCGCGAAAAUGCAGCUCUCAAUGGCAUUGAGUCUGCCACCCGUCGCCUGAAGUCCUUACAAUCUUGACUUAAUCUUUAGAUACAGUGUACACUCUUGAUCUUGUUAGUGUACUUAUGGUGUUUAUCUUGAACAUAUUAGCAUACUGAAAUGUUAAUAUUAGCAGUUCUGUUUUUUGCUUUCUUUAAUGUAUGGCAUCUUUUUCCUUUGAAAGAUUGUUGCUCUUGAAGUCCAUCCAGAGAAACACUUGCUACAGCAGAUUCAUGUGA